AUGGCUUCCCCAUUCCGCCCUUUCAAUCUAUCCUCGUCCGAUGGCCCUGCGCCAAGCACCCCAGCUCCUCGCACUGGCAGUAAACGACCACCGACGAGUCCUGUCGAUCCGGUACGACCUGCUCCUUCAGUCCCUGGCCAACCUGGAGCGAAUCGUGCCCGCGUCGGUGGCGGAUCGGAAUCUCCUGUGCCCGAAAGGUCGCAAUCCCGCUCGGUGACCCCUGGACAACAAAGCAUUGCAGCAAGAUCGGGCGCAAUCCAGGGUCCUGGAACUGGCGCUGGUGCCCAGACUCAAGUCCCCAUGUCAAACAAUACUAUCCCACCAACUCUGGGCCAGCCCCCGAGGAUACCACGCUUCGUGCAGGAGAAGUUUGAGCGUCUCGAGUCUUCGCUUGACACACUGCGUGACAAUGUACCGGAGAACUUGACAUUCAAGUUCACCGCAGUACUCAACGACAUGCGAGGUUUCAAGACCGACCUCGAUAAGCUUACCGAGUUCAUGAACACCACCUUCAAGACCCAGGACGAGCGGCUCUCUCUUCUCGAGAGCCAGUUCAAGUCUCACCUUGACGAGUGUACUUCUCAGGAGGUGACUUCCACAGAGAGUAAGACCUCUGCUGCGCUGUCGGCUUGUAUUCGCACCGUGCUCGUCAACCUCAUGGGUAUCUCGGCCUCUGACUUACUUCCCGAUCCUCUCCCGGAUGGCAGCUUCUGGGUCGAUGCUGCGAAGAAGGAAGGGCUUCGCCCUGGCUGGUCGCUUGGCUGGAAAGUGAACUCCGAGCCGCAGACAGGUUGGGUCACAGCUGUCGUUGAGCUUGUCAAGGCCCAGGGAACCACACACUACAGUCAGAUCACGCAGAAGGAGCUCGACGCCACACACGCGGACGUCGUUAAGGACGCCAUGCAUGUCAGUUACAACUCGUACGUCGAGCGUUACAAUGGUCAAGGCAAGCCAGAACAGGAGAAGGAGGCGGAAAAGUUGAGGAAUCGGAUUGGUGGGCGCAAGAAGAUUAAAGCCGAUCGCCGCGCUGCAGUCAUUGAUCGCCCCGACAUUGAGAAAGAGCUCCUCGAGAAGACGGGAUCUGCCUGCAAGCACCUGCGCGAAGCAGGAAACCAGUCGUCCGACCACACUGUCUACGAGACAGAUCCCAAUCAGGCCACCGAUGGCGAGGGUGCUAUCUUAUCUGACGAUGACAAUAGCGUCCCUCCUGCGCCAGAACCCUCUGCUCCCUCCGUGCCAAAGGGCAAGCGCAAGACCAACCGUCUCGAGUCUUGCAUACCGGACUACCGUGCGGACUGCGUUGAAGUCGCCAUUCAGAUCGUCGAGAGAGAGUUGGCGCCUAUGCCUAACCGCACGCGCACAGGCAGGAUCGUGGCAAAAUCGGCAUUGCCGGAACUACGCGCCUCGAAAACCCGUCCGAACCCGGAGAAGAUGGGUCUUCUUCAUGUGAAGGAAUCGUGGCUUGAGGCCAACAACCCCAAGAAGUAUCGCUCGCCAAAGUACAUCAAUAUGGGCCUUGCCGUCGGACCAGCAAGCGCCGCAGCAGUCGGUGCGGGUGGCAUUGCGACGUCAGUACGCUCACAGCCCAACGAGGACUUCCCGGAGCAGACGGAGGGGUACGAUGGUGAUAAUGACAACGAGUUCUGGCGCGCGGGCAGCGCUGAGGGUACGAUCAAUGAUGAGAUUGACCAGUUGGAAUACGACGGCUGA